CAAAGUUGCCCAGCAGUUGAAAAACCCAGCCUGAGAUAAAGCUAAUUGUCUGUUAAACUCCUUAGGGACCGUUCUGAUAAGAGAGGAGCAAAAUCUCCAGAAACAAGUAAGACUCUGUGGAAAACUCAGCCUGCAAAACCUAGCUUACUACAACCAUGGCAAGAAAAGAUAGUAAAAGCUAAGUCUCCUUUAUCUUCUCGAGAGAAAGAGGUAUUGUACUUUCAAACGGACACACCUGGAAGCAGCAGAGACGGUUUGGUGCUGUGACCAUGCGCAACCUGGGGCUGGGGAAGAAAGGGAUGGAGCACCAGAUCGAAGAGGAGGCUCAGCAGCUGGUGGAGAUUUUUGCCCGUGCAAAGGGGCAGCCACUGGAUCCAUUACUCCCCAUCACUAAUGCAGUCUCCAGUUUGAUAUGCGUUUUAUCUUUUGGAUAUCGAUUUUCUCUUGAAGAUGAAGAAUUCCAGCAAAUGAUGGAAGCUGUUGAUUUUCUCUUAAAAUUUGGAGGCAGCUUUUGUCAUGCGGUCACUGAAGUUUUCCCGCGGCUGAUGAAAAGACUGCCAGGGCCUCACCAGAAGGCCCUCUUUUCUGCAGCGAUGGUCCUUUCAUUCACAAAAAGAGAGAUUGAGAAGCAUAAGGAGCAGCAGUCGUUCCAUGAACCGAGGGAUUUCAUUGAUUUCUAUCUGCUCCAAAUAGAGAAAAGCAAAGGUGACCCCAACUCUACCUACGAUGAAGACAAUUUGGCAGAGUGCAUCCUUGACCUCUUUAUAGCCGGCACCGAGACAACGGCCACCUCUUUGCAAUGGGCCCUGCUCCUCAUGGUGGCUUAUUCGGAUAUCCAAGAAAAGGUGCACAGGGAGAUUGCGGGUGUCUUUGGUUCUUCUCAUGCAAUCUGCUAUCAGGAUCGGCACAAACUGCCCUUCACCAACGCUGUGGUUCAUGAGGUCCUGCGGGCGAAAUUUAUGUUACCAGUUGGGAUUCCCAGGCGGAGCGUGAAGGAUGUGAACAUGCAAGGUUUUACUAUUCCCAAGAAUACAAUUGUCAUCACAGAUCUGCGCUCCGUUCUUCUGGACCCUGAGCAAUGGGAGACCCCAGAAGAGUUCAACCCACACCAUUUUUUGGACAAGGAUGGGCAUUUCGUGGCUAGAGAGGAAUUUCUGCCAUUCGGAGCAGGGGCUCGGAUGUGUUUGGGGGAGCAGAUGGCAAAGAUGGAGCUCUUCCUUUUCUUCAGCAACUUGCUAAAAGUGUUCAGGUUCCAGCUGCCAGAAGGAGUCAAAGAGCUCCGGAAAGAGCCUGUGAUGGGGCUGACCUUCCAUCCCCAUCCUUACAAACUCUGCGCUGUUCCCCGCACCGGUUUAUCUUAGAAGAUAUACACAUUAUUAUUAUUGUUCUUCUUAUUAUUAUUAUUUAUAU